GAGCCGUCUCAGCGUCGCCGCGGAGAGCGUCGGAGUGUGGAGGCUAAGGAGCUUCGCCACCGACGCCAGUUCACCAAGCUGAUCCUGAGGCGCGACCCGGACACCUCAGAGGCUUUGGCGAGCAACCUGGAGGCGAGGCGCUACGCUGAUCUGGGUAUCAGCGUUGAGGACACGCCAUUCCAGGAGGACAGGCAGCGAAUCGCCACCGCCAGGUCUGAGCCGCUGCGGCGCGCCGUGGUGGAAGGCCGCCCAUACUUGGACCGGGAGGGCGAGCCGGACCAACUCUCGGGCGAGCUGCUGGAGACCAACAGCGAUCAGUACCAGGAAGUGGUGCGCCAGUUCUGUCUCGUGGAGCAGGCUGACACCUCGACGCUUGUUCGGCUUGCGCGAGACGAGGUAGAGCAGCUCGUGUCGAUCCAGGAGAGGCGGGGCGAGCUCCCUGACGGCGCAGAGGCAGACGCUCUGCUCGGGGACGUCGGCCGCACCUUGGAGAACAGGCGAGCUUCUAUCUCCCAGUGGGAGCGUCGCCACGCUGACGCGGGAGAACUCCUCGAGUUUUUGGGCGAGAUUCAGGCCACAGCAACAGUGGUGACGAAUGCAUCCCUGGAGCCAAGGGAGGCCAGUCUGUCGCCACAGCUGUACUACGUGAUGGUAAUGCUCUUCCGCGAUGCUGUUCAGGACAAGAUGUCUACCGUUCCUCCCGGGGAGGGUGUGGAGGCGUGGCGGCAAGCCAUCCUCGACUGGGACCCGAAGGUCCGGACGAGGAAGGUGGGGUUGCUCAUCAAUAUCCUCACUGCAAAAUUCUCUGGGGACAUCCCGCAGUCACUCGACCAGUUCGAGCAUCUGGUUCGCGAGUACGAAGGACAGGCGGGACAGACUUUCGAAGAGGACCUCAAGAUUGGCAUUGUGAUUGUCAACAUGGUAGACACGACCGUCCAGCAGCACUCGGUAAAGAACUCCGCCAGACUGGAGACGUGGAAGGCCAUGAAGGAGGAACUCCUUGACAUGGCUAGAACAGAGCAGCACCUGAACUCUCAACCGAAGCCGAUGGAACUCGGCCACAUCGCCGCAAAGUGCAAGAAGAAGGCCAAAGACGCCAAGGACAGGAAGAAGCUGGCAGCAACCCCGGAACGACCGGGAGGCAGCGACACUGCGGCUCCGCACGCCGCCUUGUUGCAGGACCGUGACGAGGUCAGUCAUGGCUUUCUGUUGCCAAUGCUUCCUGCGUUGGAGACAGACCACCUGGCGGCGCUCCAGGGACCGAAAAGGGUGAUGGUGGACACCGGAGCGGGAGCGUCCGUUUGCCCCACGUCCUUCGACGCUGCCGCCGCGGCAGACGCGUCUGUCAAGCCUGUGACGCUUGCGCCAGCCACAGGAGAGGAGGUCCGCCUACGAGACGGCAGGCGGUCCCACCUGCAAGCCGCCGACGGCACGGGGGUCACGUUGAGGUACAGCUCAAGUGAACAGGUGACAGCGCCUGUGGUGUCUGCGUCGGACGCCUGCGACGCAGGGAACUGGUUGGUUUUCGGCCCCGGGGUUCAGAAGGUCAUCUCGUCGCGAGAUGCCCAAGGCUUGCGCCAGGUAGCGCAGGCGACGCCUGGCCUAGACAUGGUCAGAGACAGAGGCGUGUACUGGCUGGAGCUCUGGGACGAGCAGCCGGCAGGAGAAACGCGACCUCUCUGCCCGGCGAAAGCUGCAAAGAAGGCGUUUACACCGCCAGUGGCGGAUCCGCCAGCGGCUCAGGAACUGCAGGCAGCAGAAGGAUACCCCACGGUGCAGGAGGGGGGCUCGAGCGGGAGCGCGGAUCGGAAUCCGCCCCUGCAGGACCCCCACGCGCAGCAGGAACCAGAGGCUGAGGGAGCAGUGCCCAAGAUCUGCGUUGAUUAUCUGUUCUUAACGUCCAAAAGAGACGAGCAGGAUAUGUACGCAGUGUUGACCGUCUUGGACGCUAAGUCCGGAGGGCCGUUUCCAGGCAUGGUGAACCAGAGGGGCGAGGACGAUUACGCUCUAGCACUGAUGAGCGAACCUGUGCGCUUCUGCGGGCGCACGAAUAUGUUGCUGCUUUCUGAUGGCGACAAGCCAAUCAAUCGUCUGAUCGAUGUUUUCAUCGAGACGCGCAGCAGCAAACAUAGCGUGUCAAAGCGCAACACGCCGAAGGAAUCCUCACAGAGCGCUGGUCUCAUCGAGCGCAGUAACUACGAGGUGGAGAAACAGUACUGGGCUUUGAAGCACAGGCUUGAGUCCGUGUACAAACAGGUGUUUCCUCUCAGUGACAAAAUCCAGCCGUGGCUCGUUCGCCAUGCUGGAUGGUUGCUGGUUCGUUUUCUGGUGAAAGCAGACGGUCGAACUCCCUACAGCCGGUUGUUCGGGAAGGACUACAACGGCGAGGUAGUGGAGUUUGGUGAGUGCGUGCACCACAAGUCGCCGCUAUCCUCCGUGGGGACGGCAGACGACAGGUGGCAUCUCGGGGUCUGGCUCGGGAAGAGCAUGAGAGCAGACGAACAUCUCGUUGGUACGUCCAGAGGAGUGCUCACGCGCAGGAGCAUCUGGCGCAGGCCGGAGCAGCAACGCUGGGACAAACAGCUCUUAGACGCUUUCGUCGGAUCGCCGUGGGAACCGGUGCCGCCGGCAGCCCGGGAGCUGCCAGAGGGGCCUUCGAGGCCACGAGACGUGUACAUCACCUUGGACCGCAUCAUUCGGUUAGGCAAAACGCCUGACUGCCCCGGAUGCAAGGCGCCAGGUGAUGCGAGGCACACGCCUGCCUGUAGGGAACGCUUCGCGCGGUUAGUCGCUGUGGAGAAAGAGGCGCAGGAGAAGGCCCAGGAGAAGCUACCUCUGCUCAGCCAUGGAGGGGGGGACCCAGAAGUGGUUCCUAUCAACAUGGACUGGAGCAAAGAGUACUUCUCAACGAAGGCCGGUGUCAAGCUUGACCCACAGAAGGUGCACGAAGGCAAGAUCAAGGAGAUGAGGCAAAUCGAUGCUUACGAAGUUAAGCAUGAUAUCUCCUGGUCAGAUGCCAAGCAGAUGGGGCUCAAGCUGGUCAACGCCAAGUGGGCGCUUGAGCCGAAGCCUGUGGAGGCGGACCCGGAGGCAGUGCGAGCACGCCUGGUUGCAACAGAGGUGAACACGUACGCCAAAGAGGACGCAACGCAAUCCACACCACCAGUAAAGGUGUUUAGGAUCAUCGUAAGCCUCGCUACGUCCAAGCAGCGCCCAGACGGCACUUGGGCAAGGCUCGUGGCAGGCUACGACGUUUCGGUUGCAUUCUUUCACGCAGAGCCGACGGGCAAGACAGCGGUCAUCCCGCCAGCUGACGCGCGGAAGGAAGGCUUCGCGUGGCUGUUGCGCAAAGCCAUGUGCGGCACCGGGGAGGCGAGCAAGCAGUUCGACAGUUACGUGAUCAAAGCUCUCGUGGGUGAGGGUUUCGUCAUGAUCAUGGUCGUACCGAUGGCAGAGAAGGAGGCGCUGGACGAGCUUGACAAGAUCACGCAGCGCCGCUUCGAGGUCAAGAUAUUCCUUCGUAUCGGACCUCCGGAGCACGGAGGGCAGGCCACGGAGCUGAAGCACCUCAAGCGUACGAUCCGGUGGACCAGUUGCGGAUUCGAGUGGGAGGGCAAUUUGGACCACAUCACCAGCCUGAUGGAGUUGCAAGGCCUGCAGCCUGGAUCGUCCCGGGGCAUGACAACACCCUCGUCGAAGGACACCGGGAAAGGUGAUCGAGACAUCACAGAUCCUCUGGCGACGGGGCCGGCGCAACUCUUCAGGACAGCGGCCGGUACUUUGCAGCACCUAGCAGAGGAUGUCCCGAGUGUCAAGCUCACCACGAACACGGUCAUGGAGGGGAUGACGACGCCUACCAAGAUGCGCGCGCUGCGUCUGAACAGGUGCGCUCGUUACCUCCUUGAUCAUCCCGGCGAGAUCUGGAUCUUCGCGCACCAGAAGAUGCCGACGCAUCUGACUGAGUAUUGCGAUUCUGAUUGGGCCGCCGACAGAGAGACGAGGGAGAGCAUGUCAUGUGUAGUUGAACGUUUUGGAGAGCACUUGCAUUCGAUAGAUAUGAGCGCGUCCGAACAGGCACUGCUUGCGCUGAGCUCUGGGGAGGCAGAGUUUUAUACCAUCAUCAAAGGCACGGCGAUGGGUGUACAGACGACGCAGGUCAUCGAGGUAAUGAUGCGUCUGCCGUGCAAGUUGGUGGUUUUGAGCGACUCUUCGACGGCCCGGAGCAUCUGCAACAGGCAGGGCAGUGGCAAGGUGCGCCAUUUAUCUGUGAAGGACCUGUGGGUGCAGGAGUUCUUCCGAGAGAAGCGCGGGGAUCUGCUCAAGGUUGACGGCUCUGUCAACUGGGCAGGCCUCGGUACGAAGGUACAUCCGAAAGCACGGCUGGACCAGCUACUCGAGAUGAUGCCGCUACGAAGGCCCGCCCAGGGACCCGGCCGGAGCACGGAGUGGCCCUGUGAGCCACCCGCG